AUGGACCUGAACUGGUUUUGCUGGGAUGAGCUGGCGUUGCAGGAAGUGCCCCUGGGAUCCGUCUUGGAGCACCCAAGUCUGGCCUCAGGAGAAGCAGAUUUCUACAGCUCAAAGGCUUCCACCCUGUCAGACCCCAGAGGCUUGGACCCGAGGACCCCUGGAGUUGGGUGGAAAGCGCUCCCAGCUAACGAAUGCGGCUCGGAUUUCCCGUUUCCUGAAUUUCCGUGGGGGACUGACUCUUCCUCCUUGAAUCUCCAGUGUUCUGGCGACUGGACGGACUCUACCUGGUUCAACCCAGGCUCCCAACCCUACUGUCCUACCCCUUUUACCUACCCUGAAAGCGCGGGAAUCGCGGAUCUUACCACCAGCCAAGCAAGCUUCACCUCAUGGACUACCACCCCUGCCCCAAGCGGUCCCACCCACUGGGACUGUCCCAACGGUCCUUGCUGGGACGGCGGCAGCGCCGCCGGCAUGGAAUAUCCCACCUCCUGGGAGUUCAGCCAACCUUCGGGCUGUUCAGUUCCCUCGAGCGGGUGUCCAGUCUCCUCUGACUCAACAUCACGCUCGGACCGUACCAUCGCAGUCCGCGGCCCCAGGACUGGACACCGUGGUCCCAUCCAGCUUUGGCAAUUCCUGCUGGAACUCCUCCGGGACCGAGCCGGCCAAGGCUGCAUCCGUUGGACUGGGAAUAGCCGGGAGUUCCAGCUAUGUGACCCGAAGGAGGUGGCCCGUCUGUGGGGGGAGCGCAAAAAGAAGCCGGGGAUGAACUACGAGAAACUGAGUCGGGGGCUGCGUUACUAUUACCGCCGGGAUAUCGUGCACAAGAGCGGCGGCCGAAAAUACACUUACCGCUUUGGAGGCCGGGUCCCCGACCUACCCUGACCCUGCCGGAGAGAACUAUGCGCGGGGGGGCUGGGGGUAU